ACCCCUUUUUAGAAGAGAGGAGGAGGGAAGUGAGUCUUCUCGAGUGCUAAUUUGGUUGGGGGUCUUGCAAUCAACCUCAAAAGUCAAAACUCCAUAUCAAACCAGUCGAAGUCAAGUAUCCAACUUCUUCAUUGAAGUCUGCAGCUCAAUCGGGUUAAUCUCUCUCUCCAGUCUCAACCAACGUUCAUGGCUAUGCAGUGGCUUCUACUCUGCCACGGCCUUAUUACGCUGUUGGUUGUCAUAUCAUUUCUCUGUGGCCGGUGGCCAAUCUUUGAAGGGACUUUCGUCGAGCGAAUCAAUUACUUCCUCACCGUUGGUGCAUAUGAUCAUUUAUUACGUAUCGUUGACACAUUUUGCGGCUCAAAGGCCACUGAUGCUGUUCUUUCCGUUGAGUUUUAUUGCUGCGAUCGGCCUAACCCUAUCUUACAGACUAUAUAUUUGGCAAUAAUUGGAACUACUUAUUUCAUCAUUAUCAAGUCAUCAUUUAGCUACAUUCCUGGCUACUAUCUUAGUGAUAUUCACAGGUACACAAGCUUGUUGGCUGUUGGUGUGGGUAUUGUGCUCUUUCUUUUGACUAGCUUUUCUGACCCAGGAACUGUAAAUGCAGAGAAUGUUUCUUGCUAUCUCUCUGCAUAUCCGUAUGACAAUAUGAUAUUUUCUCAGAAAUUAUGCUCAACAUGCAAGAUUGUGAAACCUGCUAGGUCAAAGCACUGCAGCAUAUGUAAUCGUUGUGUGGCUCGCUUUGAUCAUCAUUGUGGAUGGAUGAACAAUUGUAUUGGGGAGAGGAACACACGUUACUUUGUAGCAUUCCUUUUAUGGCACUUCUUUCUUUGCAUAUAUGGAACAGUAGCCCUUGUAUUUGUUCUUGCUGGUGAAUUGCAGAAAUACAAAAUUAUAGAGAUUCUAACAGUUUAUUAUGGGAUUGAUAACAAACUUAAGGAAUUGGCUCCACACAUUGUACAGUGGUUGUUAUCUUCAUACAACACUCAGAUUCUUCUUAUGGUGUUUAUGGGGAUUGUUUCCCUAUUAUUAGCUGGCUUCUUUGGAUAUCAUGCCCAUUUAUGUCUGUCCAAUACUACCACAAAUGAGACAUUCAAGUGGGAAGCAUAUAUAAACUUGCAGAGGAAUGCUGAAGAGGUGAAAGCAAGUGCAGAAGCACUAAUUGCAAGUGUAAAUGAUCUUAACAAUAAUGUGAAGAUGAAGAAGCCUAGAGAAAGCAAGUGGAAAGCCUUCUUCAGGAGAUCCCGUUUGGAAGAAGUGGAAAUUGUUAAGAAGAAUAUAUAUGAUAAGGGAUUUUUCCACAACCUUCUAGAGAUAAUAUUUCCCCUCUCCUCGAGGUCAAUGUUUUUGCAUACUAAAGCAAAGUCUCAUUGAUUCGAGAUUUUAGCUUCUCCUAUCUACAUUUUUUUUAUUGACUUGAUGAUGCUCUGCCUUUUAGAUAGGGAGUUGAAUUGAUCUACGAUGCAAGACGAGAGUGUUUUUUUUCUUAUAUUUUUUUGCUCUUCUUAUCUAAUACCAUAUUUACAUGUAUACUUGUAGGUUUUGUUUGCUCUUCCCCUUAGAAAAGUAAUGUAUACACAACUUGUAUUAUCAUAUUAUUAUUUAUAAGAAAUUGAAUCUUAACAAAACCUUGG